AUGACUUCUCCACAGGAGGAAGGUGCACACUCACCCAGACUGGAGGCAGUGAUUCAGAAGCUGGAGGAGUCCCUCCUUCAGUCUGAUAGCAGCUCAGGAGAGAGAAGUCUGACACUUCGAGAGGAGGGACAAGAAUCCAGGGCCACACCUGUACCUGUCUCCUCUCGCAUCCGUCAGAUCAUCACCCGCAAUCUGGCCGAGGAUCCAGCAGGCGAGAGUUCAGAGUUCAGUGCGCUGGAGGAGAGCAGGGAUCUAAGGGGGCGACUGUCUCCCAGCCAGAUGGACCAGGACCAGCUGGUAGUCAAACAGUCUGGUCUCACAGAGAGGGUAGGCCUCGAUCAGAUACUGAUGUUGCAGCCAGCGGUGGACUCAGACCAGCACAGUGUAUCAACAAAAGCCAUGCAACCACAGAACAAGGAGAGAGCCUAUAGGCAAAAACUGCUGGCCUAUCAGGAAGCCCAACAGAGACAAGUCCAACUUGUUCAGAAGCUGCAGACCAAGGUGAUUCAGUAUAAGAAGAGAUGUGGGGAACUUGAAGAGCAAGUUCUGGAGAAGACUUCGGAAACUGAAAAGAUGAGAUUGUUGCUGCAGGGCCACCUAGACAAAGUCGAGUACCUGCAGCGGGUUGAGCAGGAUCUCAACGUAGCUAUCCAGAAUAAGUCAGCUCAGCUGGAAGAGGAACACAAAAGGAGUGCCAGCCUCAGCCAAGUGAAUUCCAUGCUGCGGGAACAGCUGGACCAGGUGGGCACUGUCAACAAGGGGCUAACCGAGAGCUUAUGGAAGGCCCGUGAAGAUGCCGAGUCGUGUGAUACUCGUUUGCGGAGAGAGCAAGAGACGUGCGCCUCCCGGUUGAGUCGGGAACAGGCUCAUGUCAGAGCGCUGUGGCGCCAGGCCGCCUCCCUGCGGAGCAGUUUCACCCAGCUAAGGACUUUCACUGACAGAACUCUAUCUGAUAUGCGUACCGAGUGUGUCGCAGCUAGCCGGCAGCUGCACGCUGCCUGUAUGAAUUUAGAGGCCAGAGUAACACAAGGAAGCCCCUGUGGUGGUGUGGAGAUGUCCGCUCUGGAGAGGCAGCUGAAGGACAAGCUGAAAGAGGCUAUGCAGCUUCAGGCUCAGUGCGAUGCAGAGAAAGUCAAACUCAAUUCCAGAAUCCUGGAACUGACCGACACAAUGAAGCACCUCCAAAGCCAGAACAGUGAGAAAGAUGCCAGCCUCAACACCAUGCAGAUCAGUCUGGACAGGAUGGAGACAAGGCGAACCGAGGAUAAAGCAGAGAUGGAAAUACUCCGCACAGAAAUCCAAGCCCUCCAAAAGAUUUUACAUCAUGUUCACCAGUUAGUGAGCAGUGAGGGGGACGGCUGUGGCCCUGAGAGUGUGUCAUCCUCGCCUCUUCAUGGCCGUUCUCCUCUUAGGAACGCUACUGUGAUAUCAGUACAGAAUGCUCUCUCCAAACACCAGAAACAAACACAGGAGCUAUGUGCACGUUUGGGGGCUGCUCUGGAGCAAGUGGAUACACUGCGCAAACACCAGCAGGAGAGGGACGCUGAGAGGAGAGAGUUGGAGCAGAAGAUUCAGGAUGUGAGGCGGGAAAGUCAGGAGGCUAAAAAAGCUCUGGAGGAAAGCCUCAGGGACAGCAACAGAUAUCGCCGCUCACUGGAGCUCAUCUCCAGUGAAAAAAGCAGCCUGGAGAAGCUGCUGUCAGGGCUUCAGCAUGAAGUGGACUCCCAGCGUGCUGAGAUGGAGGUACUACGGAGCUCCUCGCUAGAACUUCAGAGACAGAGGGAUCUCCUGAGGCAGCAAAGGGAGGAUCUAGAGAUGCAGCUGGCACGCCAGCACACAGAGGCCCAAAGAGGUGAGAGGAGUUUGCAGGAGCUCGAAGGGAAGCACUCGGAUCUGCGCAGGGAGCUUGUGAUGGUGAAGGAGGCUCUGAGCCAAAUCACCCUGCAGAAGGAGGUGUUGGAGGAUGACAAGGCCAGCCUCACUCUGGCUCUCUCCAAGAUUGAGUCUCAGAGUGCUGCGCAGGAACUGGCCUUCAACAAACUCCAGAAUCAGGAGGCUGCACUGAAAGAUUCUCUCGACAAAAUGGCCGCCCUUAGUGAAGGCUUAGCAAAAGACAAGGUGGAGCUCAGUCGUAUUCUGCUGCAGACAGAAGGAGAGAAGACGGAGCUCUGUGAACGUAGACGGGAAGCCGAGGCGGAGCGGGCAGCAGCCAGAGAGGAUGCAGCGCGGGCACAAAAGGAGAUGAUGGAUCUGCUCGCCGAGAAGCAAGCCCUGGAGAGCUCCCACAGCCACUUGCAGGAUCUCUGCCAGAAGCUAGAAGCAGAGCUGAGUCUCCUGCAGAAGGAGAAAGCUCAGGCCCUGGAGAAGCGCUCGCAGGUCAAAAGGCAGUUGCAAUCUGUGACAGAGGAGCUGUGUGCGUGCAAGAAGGAGCUUGAGACACAGACCGCAGCCAUAAAGAGAGCUACCCAUGACAGGGAGGAGUUGGCCAAGGACAAGGCAGCUCUGGAUGUCAAGCUAAAUUCCGCUGACCGAAAGGCCUGUGGUUUCACGCAGGAGCUGGUUGCAUUGAGAGCAGAGAAGGAGUCCCUGGAGACUGCCCUGUUCGAGAGCCAGGAGCUUGCCUUGUCUCUGGAGGCCGAGCGAACCAGGUUGGAGGGGGAGAGGCGCGGCUUGCUUUCAGCUAACGAGGCCUUGACGCGUGAAGCUGCUCAGAUGCGAGCAGGUGCUGAACGGCAAUGUGCACAAGCAAAAGAAGAAAGAAGUAAGUUGGAGGAAAAGCUGGCUCAAGUUGAGAGGAGUACCCUGCUGACUUUGACCAGCAAACAGCAAAUUCACAGAGAGCAGCUCGAAGCAGAACGUCAGCAGAAGGAGCAGCAGCGUGCGGAGCUGAUGCUUCAGCGGGAGCAGGCCGAGGAGCAGCUGCGCAGACAGUGUGAGGAGCUGCGUGCGCACAGCCAGAAGGAGCUGCAGCAGGUGCGAGAGGAGCUGGCCAGGCUGAAGCAGGAAUUCAGCCAAAGUCUCCUGCAGGCUGAGAAUGAAAAGCAGCAGGCUUUGUCUCAGAUGGAGGUGGAGAAGGCUGUCCUCACAGAGAAGCUAGCAUCCCUGCGAGAGGACCUGGCCACAGCGGAAAUGGACAUGGAACGCCUGCAGAGGGAAUCACUUCGCAAACAGGAGCAGGACAAGAACCAAAUGGCUGUCCUGCGGUCUGAGCUGCGAGAACUGCAGCUGCAUUUUGAAGAGUCUUUGAACUCGCAUGAGAGUGCCAAAAAGAGUCUCACUGAGCAGGUCAGAGAGUUGAACCAGCAGAGAGAGCAUGCGCAACAGGAGUUGGAGGGCCUCCGUCAACAGCUGCAGGAGGGAGAGGAUGGACAUUUUAAAGGGCAAAGGGAGUUGAUUGAGGCUCACAGAGAGCUUCAGGGCUGUGCACAGGAGCGAGACAAGUUACGCAAAGAUGCUGUGGACCUGAGAAGGCUCUUGGGUAAUGAGACCCGAGAGAAAGAAGCCAUCCAAGCCUCAAACCAGGAGCUGAGAGCUCUCGUCAAGCGAGCCGAGAGUGAUAACAGCAGUUUGAGACGAGCUGUGGAGGAGAAUGAGCAGAAAGUGGCCGUCCUAGAGGAGCAGAGGAGCUCAAUGCAACAAGAGGCAAUGGCUCUUCGGUGCGGCAUGAGCGAGCUGGAGAAGUCUCGUCUGCAAGCGCGCAGAGAGCUGCAGGAACUGCGCAGACAGGUAAAGGUCCUCGAAGGAGAGAACAUCCGGCAGAAACAGGAACUGCGAGAGCUGCAGGCCAGGGUAUGUGAGGAGGAGCAGAAGGAGGAGGAGGCACGUCGUGAGGCUUUCACUCUCAAGCAGAGAGUGCUGGAGUGUGAGGCUGGCAGGGAAGCGGUGCUAAACGAGGUAGAAGGUUUACAGCGUCGUGUGAUGGAGCUGGAGUCCGCGGAGCAUCAGAACCGAGAGCUGCUGCAGGAAAAAGAAACUUUUCAGCGGCAGAGUGACCAGAGGCACAGAGAAACCACCACCCAGCUGGAGGCAGCACUGGAAGAUGCCAGGGCGCAAAUCAAAGAACUCUCCAUGCAGGUUGGUGUUGCUAAAAACAAGGCCCAGAGCGUGGAGGAGCAGCUGGAAGUGAGCGAUGCCAAAUGCAGGGACCUGGAGCUCAAGCUGGCGGGGCUGUAUGCAGCUCUGCGCCGCACUGUUGGCAUCAACCACAUGAGGCUUUCAGACAAACCAGGGUCACGAAGACGGUUUCCUUCCCCUUGGAGAAGCCACUUCUAUUCAAAAGACAAAGAGCUAGACUUGGAAUCAGUCAAUACAGCCCUGCGGGAAUUCCAGCAGGAACUCACAGAUGCUCAAAGAGACAGGGAUGAAGCCAAGGCUCAGGUAGUCAGUCUAACUCAGCAUGUGACUGAACUUAAAGACAGUCAGGAUAAAUCAUCCUCCCAACUACUACAACUACAAAAGUCUCUGAAGCAAUUAGAGGAGGGAAAACGAGACGUGGAAGAACGAUUGAACCAGGCACACACUUCGCUUUCCCUGCAGGAAGAAGCAGCACAUCGCGCAGAAAGAGAGAAGAAAAGCCUUGAAGAGGAGCUAGCUCAACUCAGGGCUAGUCUGCAAGCUGCUCAGGCUGAAUCCAGAGCACUUCAUGACAAGUUGGAGGUUGUUCAACAGUUAGAAACUUGUUCAAAUUCAGAACAGCGGAAACUGAAGGAGUCUCUGGAGGCAGCAGAAGGCAGGGUGAGAAGUCUGGAGCUUUCUCAACGUGCUCUCGAAGGCGAGCUGCAGAGGGCCCAGCUGAGAGUGGCAGAGCUGGAUGCUGAGGCAGGAGCAUUACAGGAGAGGCUGACGGACAUGAGGAGAAAACUGGGUGAGAGUGAAGACCGGUGCGCGGCGCUGAGGUUUAGUGAGGAGAGACUGGCCACGUCAUUGGCUCAAGCUGAACAGCAUGAGAGUCAGCUGAGAGAGCAGAUUCACAAACUGUCAAACACCCUCAGUGACAGCAGGAGCAACACGGGAGCCCUGCAGGAGCAGAUAACGCAGCUGCAGAGGGCUCUGACUGCCAGCGAGCAGGACCGAAGGCUGCUGCAGGAACGUCUGGAUAAAACACGUGACGCCAUUUCAGAAAGUAAGAGGCUGAACCACACGCUCACAGAGCAGAACCAGAACCUUCAAAGAGUCCAAGAAAACUCAAACUUUAACAUUUCUGAGCUAGAGAAACAUAACAGAACACUAAAGGAGAGCCUGAAGCAACAGCAGGAGGCUGAGCUUCAAACCUCCCAGGAGCUGCACAGAGAGAAGAAAGAACUCCAAGAAAAGGUCGCCAAUCUCCAGAGCUUCUUGCAAAAGCUCCAGAGUGAGAGAGCUGAGAUCGAGAAGGUGGUGACACGCUUUGGUAAAGACAAAUCUGCACUUAGAAAGGCACUGGAGAAGGUGGAGAUGGAGAGGUUGAGGAAGGAGGAGGAGGCAGCGUCUGUCGCCAGAGCACGAGAGGAGCUGGAGCAGAGGGUGAGCAGCCUGGAGCAGCAGCUGGCUGGAAAACAGAAUGAGGUGCAGACUUUGCAGGCUCACAUCUCCCAGUCAGAGCAUGCUCACGCACACCGCCUCCUGGAGGUGACAGCACGCCACCACCAGGAGUUGGAUAUGGAGACGGAGCGUCUGAGAGACAAUCAGCUUCAGGCAGAGCAGGCUUUGGAGAGCAGGGAGAAGGCACAUCGACAGAGGGUGAGAGGCCUCGAAGAACAGGUGCUGGCGCUCAAAGAGCAGCUCGAUCAGGAGACGAGAAGACGACAGGCCUAUUUCAAUCAGAUGCUUCAGCCCAGCAUGUAGUGAGUGAGAGCGUGCUCCUCUGCCUCCGUUGGCUGCUUCCCAACAGCGUUACGUUUCAACCUACAUCUCCAUACAGAGAAACCCACUCCUGCAUUCGCUCACACCCCGCACAUGUGCACACAGGAUUACAUUAAUCCAAAGGAAAACUCAACAACAACAAACAAAGAGCGUUUUGUUUUUAAGUGAACUGGAUGUGCCAAAUUGUUUUAAGGAUUUCCUCUGACUCACCGCAGUUGGCGUUUCUAAGUCUGUUCAUGCUGUGUCAUUUUUUUAAGGUUUUCUUGGUUCAUACUUUCUUCUUUUCCCUAGAUUUUUUUAUUUUUGAAAACUCAUUUGUCAUAUUGAUCAUGUGAAUCCCAGUAAGAAUAUAUAUGAGUGCAGAUCCAAAUAUUUAGAAUAGUCAUUUGCAGAUUUUAAAUGAUUUUUUCUUAGGAUGUCAAAAAGACUAAACAAAUGAAUGUUAUCAUGUGUGGUUUUUGACUUAAUCAGUAU